UUUCUCCUCCUCUCGCUCUUUACAGUCUCACUCGCGCUGCCUCUCGUUUCCUCAUCUGUUCAGCAGCUGCUCCCUGUGAGUUUCCCGUCACCGGCUGCUGUCGCCGGAAUCGUAUACCCGGCCGCCGACACCUCCACCUACUUGACUGAAGGUUGAAGAUGGCUACCGGAACUGAUUAUUGCAUCUGGUGAAGGUACAGAUACUUACAGCUGACAAAUUCAUUUCAUUUGGUUUGCAUUUGAGGGUGUUGUUUUGGAUCUGGAGUCUUGAAAAUCCAAAAAAAUGGCGCUUUCUAUACAAUUCCUUGUAGCCUCAACCAAACCCACCACUCUACAUGCAUCCAUAGAGUUUAAAAAGUUACCAGGGGCUCCCCAUUCUUUUCCAUUGGUCUCCAAGAUCAAGCCUCUUGCAAUUAGGUCCGAAAGAAGCCGGUCAACAAUAACCGAAGCUGUUGAAAAAAGUGGAGAAGGCACAGGACCUGAGGUUGAGGUUCAGUCAGGCGAAGAACCUGUGGCAAGCAGAGGAGCUAGUGAUUCAGAGGCAGAGUUGACCGAAGUGGGAGCAGAGAUAAAGAGGGUACUUGAGAAGAGAAAAGAAGAGAAAGAAGGAGAUUUGCUUAGUGGAGUCGCAGAGGAGGUGAGGGAAAUCGAGUGGCCUGCAUUUGGCAAAGUCUUGGGAACCACUGGCGUCGUGCUUGGUGUGAUUGCUGGAUCGAGUAUUGUUUUGCUCACCGUCAAUGCCAUUUUUGCUGAGCUCUCAGAUCGGGUUUUUGCCAGCAAAGGCAUUCAAGAUUUUUUCAGUUGAGACACUUGUUCUACCCUCGACGCGCUGUUUUUAUAUAAAUUUGUUAAUCCGAUUAUCUCCCUCUUCUUUUCUGUAAGUGUGUUUUUGGUAUGAAUCUUGCCAUUUGCAUUUGGUUCAUAAGAUUCUUAGUCCAUUCACAAACAAACUUUCAUUGAAACCAAAGAAAUUGUCCUUCGCAUUAA